ACAGACUCAGAAAAUCCUCCCGACCCGCACACAGACCGACAGACCGACCGGCAGACAGGUGAUGAAGAUGGUGUCCUCCUCGCGUCUCCGCUGCCUCCUCCUGCUCCUCCUCUCCCUCACCGCCUCCAUCAGCUGCUCCUCCGCCGCCCAGAGAGACUCCAAACUCCGUCUGCUGCUGCACCGGACCCCGCUGCUGGGCUCCAAACAGGACAUGUCUCGGGCCUCGCUGGCGGAGCUGCUCCUCUCUGACCUCCUGCAGGUGGAGAACGAGGCCCUUGAGGAGGAGAACUUCCCUCUGGCUGAAGGAGAACCUGAAGACGUCCAUGUAGAUCUGGAACGAGCUGCCGCCGCCGGCAGCGGGCCGCUGCUCGCCCCCCGAGAGAGGAAAGCUGGCUGCAAGAACUUCUUCUGGAAGACCUUCACUUCCUGCUGAGAGCCCCAUCAUCCUCAUCCUCCCCUCCAUCUUCAUCAGCACACUUCCUGCAGACGCUGUACAGACACUGUAUGGAUCAGACUAUCGAUGAUUAGUUUGGAUGAAUUGUUUAGAUUUUUCUGAGCUGAUUCUUUCUGAAUGUAAACUUGAUGAAACUAUUUUUAAUUGUGGGUUUGAAUAAAAUCAGUUUGAGACAAA